GCUCAGGUGGGAUGCGGGUUAUUUAAAUGAUUUGUAAUUACCGUUAGGUAGUAGCACACAAACCGGCACGAAAUGAAGAGCUUUAUCUGUGUUUGCUUUGUGGUGGUUGCUGCAGCUUCAGCAAAGUCGCAGGAUGUCGAGGCGUUCACUAAAUCUCAGAUAGCCCCCGACGUGGUGCACGUCGCCCCCUCGAAGCUGCUCAAAGUCGAGUACAAGAAAACCAACAAGGAGGUGCACCUGGGCAACGAACUAGCCCCCAAGGAUGUCCGGGACGCACCCAGCGUCACCUACAGCGGGGACCCCCAUGCCUUCUACACCCUCGUUAUGACCGACCCGGACGCCCCAAGCCGCAAAAACCCCAAAGCUAAAGAAUGGAACCAUUGGUUGGUGGGCAACAUCCCCGGAUCUGACCUUUCCAAGGCCCAAGUUUUGACUGAAUACGUGGGUGCCGGGCCCCCGAAAGACACCGGAUUGCACCGCUACGUGUUCCUUUUGUACAAACAGCCCGGAAAAAUCACCUUCCAGGAAGAGCACAAGAGCAACACUAAUGGAAACAGAGCCAAAUUUUCAACCGAAAAUUUCGCAAAGAAAUACGGGCUUGGAAACCCAGUCGCUGGAAAUUUCUACCAAGCGAAGUUUGACGAUUCGGUUCCUGCUUUGCACAGCCAGUUGCAUUAAUAAAAAAAGGGCGGUUGGUCUGCUCUCUAAUAUUUUGAUUUAGUGUUCAUUUAUUAUUUUUACUUAUUUGAUUGCUUUUUGUCAUGUAUUUGCAAGAUCUUAUUUUAAUAAAAAAUAUAACUGGA